CUGUUUUCUCACAGAACUUUCCCUACAGCCACCUCCCGCCGCCGACGUCUCAACCACCUUCCGCCGCCGGCGUAUCAACCAUCUCCUGGCGCCGGCGUCGGCGUAUCAGCCACCUCCCGUAGCCGACGUCUCAACCACCUUCGCUUCCUAGCUUACACUGUUUAGGCAUAAUGGGUCCAAGGUGGAAGGGGAAGGGAGCAGAAGCUAAGGCUCAUUCUGAUCCCAUGUCAAAGAUAAUUUCACAGCUUCAAUCUUCACUACUUGAGUCAACAAAUUCUCAUGGACUCCUCUCGGGUUGCGUUAUCCUUCUUGAAGUUGGAGCAGAACAAGCUGAGCUUCUUAGUCGUGCCUGUUUUGGUCGACCCACUAGAACCGCACAAGAAGAAAACAAUCAAUGGUUUCAGUUAACUCUAGAGGAAGCCUUUUACCUCUCCCACAGUCUCAAAUGUCUUAAGAUCCUUGAUGAAGAAGGAAAUUCGAAAAAUGACGACGAGCUAUGGAAAUUCAUGAAAUCAAAAAGAGAAACUUUCCCUUACUCGUUUAAGGUUUAUUCUCAUCUUCGUGAUAGGAAUUGGGUGGUAAGGUCUGGAGCUCAAUAUGGUGUGGAUUAUGUUGCGUAUAGGCACCAUCCUUCUAUGGUGCAUUCGGAGUAUGCUGUGCUUGUUCUGUAUGAAAAAGAGGAUUGUUUUGCGCGAAGGUUGAGAGUUUGGUCAGAUUAUGAAUGUGCAAUUCGACUUUGUGGAAGCGUGGCAAAGACAUUGCUUGCUAUUCAUGUAAACUCAAAGGAAGAACCUUGUGAGUUUUCGUCGUGUCUAGAGAAUUUUUAUGUGGAAGAACGAACAAUCACACGAUGGAGCGCGGAGCAAAGACGUGAGGACGGCCUCACCGGUAUGAAGUAAAAAACUUAUUUAAAUAAGAUGUGUUUUAUGUACAAUUUUUUUUGUUUGAUGUGUUUUCUUUUCAAUUGGGCAAGUUAUAAUGACAAUACUAAUAAUGGAACUAGUGUUGAAGUGGAAUUGAAAUUGGGGUUGUUGUUUUUUUUUAUCAUUUAGAUUAUGAAAUUGAAAUUAGAUAUAUUAUUCCAAUAGUAUGAAAAUGUAAAU